UUCUACCCCACCGCUGAAAGUAGCUCAAAGACAAUUCUGCACUGGAUGUGAAAAUUAAACCAAGGGAAAGUUAGAAUAAAAUAAAGGAAGACGAUCUGCCGCAAAGUUGUCAUCCAUCAUCUGUUUGGAUUUUUAUCUCUGUUCCAAGUUGCCUCUUUUUUGUUAGACGUCUGUUUUAUUAGACGGUUUUACGGGUGUGCGCCAGGGAACGGGGACGCUGAGGCUGUAUCGAGUGAAUGUUUCUGUGUGUGAUCUGAGUAAGUUAAAGCCAGGUGAAUGUAUAGCAUGAUGAUGGAAACGGACUUGCACUCUCCGGGACCACAGACUAACACAAACACGGGUCACACUGGACCCAACAGCGGCAGCAAAGUUAACCAAGACCGCGUAAAGAGACCCAUGAAUGCGUUUAUGGUGUGGUCUCGGGGUCAGCGCAGAAAGAUGGCACAGGAGAAUCCUAAAAUGCACAACUCGGAAAUCAGCAAGCGCCUGGGAGCCGAGUGGAAAGUCAUGUCCGAGGCUGAAAAGCGACCAUUCAUUGACGAGGCGAAAAGAUUACGUGCCAUGCAUAUGAAGGAGCAUCCGGAUUACAAGUACCGACCUCGGAGGAAGACCAAGACACUGCUUAAGAAGGACAAAUACUCUUUGGCCGGUGGCCUGCUCGCUGGAUCUGGGAGCGGAGGAGGCUUGGGUCUGGGAAUGGGUGCUGGAGGGGUCGGGCAGAGGUUAGAGAGUCCGAUGGGUCACGGUGGGAGCACCGCGGCGAGCUACGCACACAUGAACGGCUGGACAAACGGUACAUACUCGGGCCAGGUGGCUGCCGCCGCGGCUGCGGCUGCAAUGAUGCAGGAGGCUCAGCUCGCCUACAGUCAGCACCCGGGCAGCGGAGCGCAUCACCACCACGGGCACCACCACCACCAUCCACACAAUCCCCAGCCUAUGCACCGCUACGAAAUGACAGCCCUCCAGUACAGCCCCAUGUCAAACUCUCAGAGUUACAUGAGUGCUUCACCGUCAGGCUAUGGGGGGAUAUCCUACACGCAACACCAAAACUCCAGCGUGGCUUCAUCGGGGGCCAUCGGCACGCUGGGAUCUCUGGUGAAAUCAGAACCGAGCGUAAGCCCUCCCGUUACCACUCACUCCCGAGCCCCUUGUCCCGGCGACUUGCGAGAGAUGAUAAGCAUGUACUUACCGGCGGCGGAGACGGGGGAUCCGUCAAUCCAGAGCAGACUUCACGCUGUACCGCAACACUAUCAAAGUUCCACGACGAGCGUGAACGGAACCGUUCCACUGACACACAUAUGAAAAGAUAUGAAACUACGCAUUCAGACUCAAGAUACCAAAUAUUUACCUCUUUCAGAGCAAAACUUUUGUACAGAAUGUUUGUUCUUGUAAAUUUGAAGGUGACAAUAUUUAAAUAUAAAACUUAAAAACAGAGGGGUGUCGUUGGGAUGUCGUCUAAAUAAUGUGUCCAUAUUUUAACGAAAUUACACAACGUGAGCUUUACACAUUUGCUUAUUGCGAGGGAUGCAUUCUGAUUUGUUUUUCUGUGUGUGAGAGAGAUGGUACAAUGUGUUUAAAACAGGAAAAAGAGAAUGUGCUAGAGUGUAACAAAUAGUCAAAAUACAAUGUUUUUGAGGUUUUCUAAGAUUUUUCUCAAUCCCAAUUUGAUUUGUCAAUUUGUGAGUUACUGUAUUUGAUCUAUUCCUUAUUUGUUUGUUGUAUUUUUCUUGUACAUUGUGAACAUAUUCCAGAGAAGAUUGAUAAACAUCUGUAUAUAUAAUUCGGUUUUGCCAGGAAAAAAAAGGAAACGUUCUGCGUUAAUGUGAGAAGAAUAAAUUUCACAGCUUUUGCUCUGAUUCUGGAAAGUUAGUUUGCUCUGUUGUUUUGCCUUUUACUCAAUGGCAUCUGCGAACAAGCUGUUUACAGUAAAAAUGUAUUUCCAUGUGAUAAUGUUUACAUCUCUGUAUAGACAAGGGGUUUUUUUAGUCGUUUUUAGUUAUUUUAAUCUCUCAAACAAAUAUCGGGACAAAACCCCGAAUUAGAACAAACAAUAGUUAGUAAAUGGGAAAUAUUAUGAGCUCAGAUUAAUUUCAAUUAUAGGCCUAAAAGUGUAAAUAUUCUUGUGUGAACAUGUUAAUGGUGAUACAGUGACGGACGAAUGUAAAUUGAAGAAAAAAAAAAGAAAGAAAGAGAAAGAAGAAACCAAUUUCAGUUGUCAGGCUAUCAACAAAUAUCUCGAACUAUAGAGAAACAUAUCAGUCAAAUAUAGGCUAUUAAAAAUAUUUGAAAGAAGUCGAAAGUAAAUGAAGCAUUUUUGGGGGGCUUUAUACAUAUAAGCGUUUCUACUCACGCUUAUUAUUAUUUUAUGUUAAUUAUUAAUAUCAAUUCACGUAAUUGUAUUGUCAUUUACUGACCAAUUUCUGAAGAAUUUGUCAUUACAUUUACUUAUGCAUUACAACGUCUCUUAAAUAAUUUUCAAAUGAUUUAGAUAUUUCUCGUUUCUAAUAAAAGAGGGAAACAGGGAAAGCUAAAUAUAUCGGACUCUCUGUCACUUCGAAAUUGGGUUGAUUUGAGUGGUUAGAGGUUUCAGCAUUGUCCUGCAUAAGACAUGAUGACUUAAAUACUUCUCUUAAUAAUAUCUUAUUGAGUCUGAAGCCUAUAUGG